CUCCCGGCGUCUGAAUCCCUGUCGGCGCAAUCUCGGCUCAUUUUCUCUAAGCAAUACAAGUUCACGGACGAGCUACCUAGCCAGCCCUCCUCUCCCGUCAUGGACCUCCCAGGCUGCUGCGCGCCGCCCGCCCUUUGAGGAGGCUCCCUCGCCCCGCGCGGCGGCGGAGGAGGAGGAGGAAGAGAGAAGGAGGAGGAGGCGGAGGAGGAGGAGGCGGAGGAGGAGAAGGGGAGGAAGGCGCGGCCCCAGUCGCCGCUGCCCAGCCGCCGUCCCGCAGAGCGCUGGCCGCCGGUCGCCGCGGCGGCAGGAGGCGCGCAGCCCCCUCCACUUCCCCGCGGCCGCCCGCAUGGCGGCGGCGAGCCGGAGCGGCGGCGGCGGGGCGCUGGGCAUGGGGCGGCGGCGGCGGGGGGCGCUGCCGGAGCCGGCGGGCGGCUGCUCCCGCUGCCUGGCGGCGGCGCUGCCGCUGCUGCUGCUGCUGCUGCCCGCCGGGUGCCCGGUGCGGGCGCAGAACGACACGGAGCCCAUCGUUCUGGAGGGGAAGUGCCUGGUGGUGUGCGACUCCAGCCCCUCGGCCGACGGCGCCAUCACCUCCUCCCUGGGGAUCUCGGUGCGCUCCGGCAGCGCCAAGGUGGCCUUCUCGGCCACCCGCAGCACCAACCAUGAACCCUCUGAGAUGAGCAACCGCACCAUGACCAUCUACUUCGACCAGGUAUUAGUUAAUAUUGGCAACCAUUUUGAUCUUGCUUCCAGUAUAUUUGUAGCACCAAGAAAAGGGAUAUAUAGUUUCAGUUUCCAUGUGGUCAAGGUCUAUAACAGACAAACCAUCCAGGUAAGUUUAAUGCAAAAUGGCUACCCAGUGAUUUCAGCUUUUGCAGGGGAUCAGGACGUCACCAGAGAAGCAGCCAGCAAUGGGGUCUUGCUCCACAUGGAAAGAGAAGACAAAGUGCAUCUCAAACUGGAAAGGGGUAACCUCAUGGGAGGGUGGAAAUAUUCAACCUUUUCUGGCUUCUUAGUCUUUCCACUAUAAAAGAAGGCCAAAUAGGAGACAGAUCCAUGAGCCGGAGCAAGGAUUCAAUCGUUAAUGACACCCCGAUCUUGGCAGCAGACGACAAUAUUUCCAGUCACCCUGUCAGACUGUCAUGGUAGAAGAAUGAUAACCUUCUAAACUCCAACAUUUGCUUUGAAUAUUGACAAUUCCUCGGGAACCUGCGCCUCUAAUUAGUUUUAGACAGUGAUCUUUAGGAGAAAUGAAAUUAUCGACCUGAGCAAUUUGUACCUGUGAUUGUAAAGUCAAUUUCGGAUUUUAUUGUUGGGAUCAUUGACUUUUUAAUUCUUUUUUUUUUUCCCUCUCUCUUUCAUUUUUUUCCUCUUUUUCUUUCUCUUGUUGUUGUCCAAUGAGACAAAUAACUUGGACCACACAAUUGAUUUGUCAGAGGCUCAGUCUAGAGCCAGAAGAAUGAAGUGUUCAGCCCAAUGAGGUGUUCUUCCCAUACUUUAUUUCUCUGUGUUGUAUAGCCUUAAGGAAAAAAAAAGAAAAAAGAAAAAAAAAAAAGAAAAAAGGAAAAAAAAGUUAAAAAAAAAAGCUUCAGUUUCAGUCCUGUAUUUUUCUGGGGGAGGGGGAUUCUGGACAUUACUGUGUCAAGAAGUGCUUUAUCCAGUGAAGCAAAAUUUGCACGAUUGGAACCUUAUUUGUUUUGUGUUGUUCGUGUUUUUCAUUGAGUUUCUUUUUCCUGAUUUUUGUUUGUGUGUGCUAAAAAUGUAAGCUAGAUUGAUCAAUAAGACAAAACAAAGCACAUAUAUACCCUGUAGCUCUAAGUAAAGCUAACCAGUGAACAAUUCUGUCUGCACUUUCCAGCUGAUCUUUAUAGACCUAUUUAGAGAGAGAGAGAAAGAGCGAGAGAGCUACAUGAUCCUUCAAUUACAAUCUGGAAACCGGUAAAGGAACUGACAUUUCUGAAUUGUCCUGACAUUUCUAGAAGCAACAAUGGAGGCUUUGAAUAUCUACUCUGACCAUACCCUGAAAUAUAUCCUUUCUUUGCAUUACUGAGUGCAUUUUGAGUGCUUUUAUCUGAUAUUUAUUUGAUGUAUUUGUCCACUAAUGCUCGAGUACGCAUUGUGGGAGCACAGAGAGAUGGCAGAGCAAACUCUUCCAAAUCAAAUAAAAUCAUCUCCACUUGACCUGUCCAUAGCAAGUAUCGGAGGAGCUGAUGCUAGCAUCGUUGACAGCCUUUGGGAGAGGAGCCUCAGAGGACCAGCAAACGCACCAGAAGUUGCAUGGGUGCCUUGUAUUUGUUAGCCGUGUGUGCUCUUCCCAGUACAAAUGGCCUCAGAUUUCGGGGGGUGGACCAACGUCGAUAUUGGAGGUUAGAAAAAUUUAUUACCCCAAUUCACAAGAGGUAAAAUAUCAGGCCAAUGUCAGUUGCAUCAUUUUGCCGCAUUCUCAAUAAGCAGACCCCAUUUUUUUCACUUUUUUUACAAAGGUUGUUGUAUUAGACAGUGUGCUGAGGGAAACCUUGCUUGAGGACAUCCAGGAAGAAUGUUUAUAUUAUUUUAUGUAGUUUUUAUCUUCAUUUAUUUAAUUUAAAAUAAUUCAUCUUGAUAUUAAUCCUGCAAGGGUGGAUGUGUAUAAGAAUUUAUUUUUGUCAAAUUUACUCCUCUGCCACAAAUAUAAUGCAAAGGCAUUUGCAGCAAAUUGGUGGUAGCUAUGUUGUAUUUCAAAAUUGUGGUGGACAUGUCAUUUGCAUUGUAAAUUUAUCAUUAAAGGGGCAAAGUCAAUUAAAGUCAUAUAUUCUUAAAAAAAACCCUUAUCUGUGUU